AUGUCACUCUGGGGUCGCAAAAACGACCAUAAGUCUACGGGGCCACCCCACACCCCAAAUGGGGAAGAACAUCGACAUGCGCCAGAUGCGCCAGAUGCGCCAGAGCAAAGAUUCGAAGAACCUACUGAGCGCUCAAGACUGCUCCCUGCAGAUAGAAACGAGGGGUUCCUAAGCCCAGAUGAUCCUGCAGUAUCGCCCUACAACCUAUGGAGCGUGCGCGCUGUGCGCGGCGUGUCAGUCAUCGCAUUGGUACUGAGCUUCAUAUGGUGGACAUUCCUGCUGGUUUCCUUAUUCGUCAGUCCACCGAUGAUGCACUCGCGGGGGUCGGGCUUCUUUGCCUUUUCAUAUACCACCCUGGCGAUAGGAUAUCUCGCCCUUGGACUGUUAUUCUUCGCAGUGCCAUCCAAGUCCAUAACUAUAUGGGCCAUUACGCUUGCUGUUCUGCUUUUCGUGGAUAUGUGUAUUAUCCUCGCUGUGCCGCGGAUCCGUCUUGAAGAGGGCUGGGUGGGGAUUGCUUCUGUCGUCUGGGUAGCUCUGAUCUCUAUCUACCAGGCCAUCCAAAACCAAGCGGUCGCUUGGGGUAAGAGGGAGGAGGAAGAGCGUCUUACUGGUCGAGAAGAGACUCGACGCUCGCUGCUGGAGUGGAUUGCUGUUUUUGCUGAAACAGUUUUACUGGCUGUAAUUGCGAUCGCGGCCAUCUUGUUCACGGCAACGCUGAUCUUGCGUGCUUUCGAUGCCGGGCUCAAGACUCCAGGUGAGCGUUACUUGGUGCAUGGGGAUACCUAUCAAGUUCAUCUCGCUUGUGUCGGGAACAAAACUGCAGAUAAAAAUGCACCAACGAUCCUUCUGGAGGGUGGAAAUGGGCCUGUCGAACAUACACUGCAACCCUUCAUCGACGAUGUAUACGGCCGUGACGGUAUCAGCAGAUACUGUUACUGGGACCGACCAGGAUUCGGAUGGUCCGACAACGCACCCUCGCCCCAUUCCGCGGGCAUGUCAGCGGACGUGCUAGCAGAGGCCUUAGCUCUUGCAGGAGAGACCGGUCCAUGGAUAGUCGUUUCCGCUGGCGUUGGCAGUCUUUAUUCGAGGCUAUUUGCCAGUCAUAAUAUUCUCGAAGUUCGCGGCAUCUUUAUGAUCGAUCCGCUCCACGAGGCAUACUUAGGAGACAUUGGGCGACCUGGUCGUGGGUUUUUGCUCUGGCUUCGUGGUAUCGUUUCUCCGCUAGGAUUGGAUCGACUUGCGGGCGCCAUUUUACGCGGCCGUUCUCGCCAGGACCGUGUUAUCGGACGUGCGGCUUACCAGUCUGGGAAAUACAUCAAAGCAAAGCUGCAGGAAAACCUUGUCGCUGUCACUAUGACUGCCGCUGAGAUACAGUCUUCUCGACAUAUCCAGAUGGGUCAUGCUCCUGUAGUUGUUGUGAGCUCUGGGCAAGAAGUUCAAAAGAAUUCCCAGUGGGCAGAGCGACAGGAGGAUCUGUCUCAUCUUACAGAUAACCUUUUGUCUUGGGAUAUUGUUGACGAUGCACCCCAUGAAGUAUGGAGGACCGGACAGGGACGGGAAAUAUUGGAAAGACGUUUGAAGGAGCUUGUCAAAAAAAGUCAGGGAUAA